UCUCCCCACCCAGACUCCCUGGACCCCCAUUUCCGGAGAAUGGCCCAGAUGUCUCAAGUGCAGGAACUCUUCCAUGAGGCAGCCCAGCAGGAGGCUCUGGCCCAGCCCCAGCCCUGGUGGAAGAUCCAGCUGUUCAUAUGGGAACCAGUGCUGUUCGGGACCUGGGAUGGUGUGUUCACGUCCUGCAUGAUCAACAUUUUUGGGGUUGUCCUUUUCUUGAGGACUGGCUGGCUGGUGGGAAACACGGGAGUGCUCGUGGGUGUGUUUCUGGUGUCCUUCGUCGCCCUGGUGGCCCUGGUCACAGUGCUGUCCGGCAUCGGGGUUGGGGAGCACUGCGACGUGGGCACCGGCGGCGUCUACUCCAUGAUCGCGGCGGUCCUCGGCGGGCAGACCGGAGGCGCCAUCGGGCUGCUGUACGUGCUUGGACAGUGUGUUGCAGGUGCCAUGUAUAUCACUGGCUUCGCUGAAUCCAUCUCCGAUCUGCUGAGCCUCAGGAAUCUCUGGGCCGUGCGAGGAAUUUCAGUUGCGGUGCUUCUGGCCUUGCUGGGGAUCAACCUAGCGGGUGUCAAAUGGAUAAUCCGCCUCCAGCUGCUGCUGCUGCUCCUGCUGGCCGUGUCCACGCUGGACUUUGUGGUGGGCUCUUUCACACACCUGGACCCAGAGCAUGGUUUUAUUGGAUAUUCACCAGAACUGCUGCAGAACAACACUCUGCCUGAUUACAGCCCCGGCGAGUCCUUUUUCACCGUCUUUGGGGUGUUCUUCCCAGCAGCUACAGGAGUCAUGGCCGGCUUCAACAUGGGGGGCGACCUCAGGGAGCCUGCUGCCAGCAUCCCCCUGGGCUCCCUAGCAGCUGUUGGCAUCUCGUGGUUUCUGUACAUCGUCUUUGUCCUCCUGCUGGGCGCCAUCUGCACCCGAGGGGCCCUUCGCUAUGACUUCCUGAUAGCAGAAAAGGUGUCCCUGGUGGGCUUCCUGUUCCUUUUGGGCUUAUACAUCUCGUCCCUGGCCUCCUGUAUGGGAGGCCUCUACGGAGCACCCCGGAUCCUGCAGUGCAUUGCCCAGGAGAAAGUGAUUCCUGCGCUGGCCUGUCUGGGGCAAGGGAAAGGGCCAAGUAAAACACCCGUAGCUGCCAUCUGCCUGACCAGCUUGGUGACCAUGGCCUUUGUCCUUGUGGGUCAGGUAAACGUCCUGGCCCCCAUCGUCACCAUCAACUUCAUGCUGACAUACAUCGCGGUGGACUACUCUUACUUCUCCCUGUCCAUGGGCGCCUGCAGCCUCCCACAGGUGCCUGAGUCGGUGCCCGGGGAGGGCCUGGGAGCUCUCCACUGCUCUGAGCACCUGCUCCUGGAGAAGGCUCCCAGCUGUGGCUCUGAGGGCGUUGCCUGGAACCUCUCUGAGGGCACUCUGCUAGAAUUCACCAAGGACAUGGACCAGCUCCUCCAGCUAACCAGGAAGCUUGCGAGUGGCCAGCCCGGAGGAGGAGAGAGCCAUGGGAUCCCAGAGAAUCAGAAGGGGAAGACCAAGAAGGCCACCAAGCGAACCCUCCAAGAGAGCUUCCUCUUAGACCCCAGGUCUCCUGCUUCCUUCCCUCCUGAAGGCUGUGACGGGUGGCCUACUGCCUCCUGGGAGGGGCAGGGGCCCCAUGGGAACAUGCCACGUUCCAGAAGUGAAGGGGCUCGGCCUGGGGGAGCCUGUGGAGAACAACUCAUCCCUGAGCCCAGUAAUCAGCCCAGGCCGAGCAGAGAAGAUUUCUUCCUAAAGUCCAGGCUCCAGGAACAAGAUAUCCAGAGGAGACCAACUUCUUUCUACACUCGCAUAUGCAACCCCUGGGUCUCCCUGUUGGGGGCUGUUGGGUCCCUUCUCAUCAUGUUUGUGAUCCAAUGGGUCUAUACCCUGGUUAACAUGGGUGUUGCUGCCAUUGUGUAUCUCUACAUUGGUUGGACCAGUUCCGGGCUUCACCUUGGUUUAGCCUCCAACUUCAGCCUUUUCAGAUGGAUGAGGUCUCUUCUGAUCCCCUCCUACAGGAACCUGCGAUCCCACCAAGAGCAGAUAAUUUUGGCGCCGUCCCUGGCUAGGGUUGACAUGGAGAUGACUCAGCUCACCCAGGAGAACGCAGACUUCGCCACCCGGGAUCGCUAUCACCACUCCUCCCUCGUGAGCCGGGAACAGCUGAUGAUGCCUCAGUACUAGAGUACUGAGUCGUCAGUACUAGGCAGCCUGGGACCCGCCCCUCGUGUAGCUGUCCAGGGUACAGUGGACCCAAAUCCCAGAACCUUUGUGAAGCUGGUUCUCCUUGGUAAGAAACUCAAAGACCUGCCCUCCCCCUGUCAUUUUGGAUGAUGGAAAUGUGCAUUCUGGUGUGGAGCACCACGGCUAACCAGGGGACCCACUGCAAUGGCGGUGGCCCCUGAAACACGCCUCCAGUCUGAAGGGCUCCAUGUGGACCCCAAGACUUGCAGGUGUCCAGACCAGAUUGCUCGUUCUGAGUGCCACAAUAAAUGGUUAUUUUAAAUUUUAUUUUAUUAUUUAUUCCUUGAAUAAAUAAUAUGCUUACAUGGUUCCAAACCCCAAAGUAGAAUCGUAUAUAUAGUGAAAAGUCUCCCUCCCAUCCUUGUUUGUCAUCCGCUCAGUUCCUACCCCCUACCCCAGAGAUAACCACUC